AUGGGCCGAGGAGCGACGGGGUGGGAGGACCGGCGGCGACGGGAAGCAACUCUGGGCGGCAGGCUUGUCUACGGCUACCUGGCCGCCUUCAAUGUGGUCAUGGCCGCUGGGUGGUGCCUCGUGGCCGCCACGCUGGUCUCCUCCGCUAUCUACACGGCCAGUCCCCUCUCUGCCCUCCACCUCGCCUUCACCAACGUGGGUUCCCUCGUCCUGAGCCUGCAGCUUUUGGUGUGCAUGGAGGUGGUGCACAUGGCGCUCGCGUGGGUGCCGCCGUCGACGAUGAAUCCGCUGCUUCUGCUCCACUGCAAGGUCCUGCGCCGGCUGCACCUUCUCGUCGUGGCCUACUUCGGCGUGCCGCAGGUGCAUCAGACGGCGGCGCUGGGCUUUGUGUUCGUGCACUGGGCCGUGGUGGACCUCAUCCGCUACCCCUUCUACCUGCUCAACAUGGUCAGGGCCUGCCCGCCGCUGCUCAAGUGGAUGCGCUACUCCGAAUUCAUCGUGAUGUACCCCAUCAGCUUCACCUCGGAGAUGUACCUGUGGUGGGUGAUGUACCCGUACAUCCGCGAGUGGCCGCUCGAGCAGCGCGAGGGAAGUCUCGAGGCCGCGGCCGCGACGCUCUACGGCUGGCUGCUCCUGGCCUACCUGGCCUGGCGCGUCUCCACGUUCCCCUUCAACUACCGCCGAAUGCUGCGUCUGAGAGGGCACAAGGACCAGGGAGGACCGAGCCCGGCGGCCGUGGGCGCCACCACCAAGGCCGACUAG